UCGGCUCAGUGUUCGUCGCGCGGCUGCGCGGUGCACACGCUGUGCCGCCCCUCGCGUCGUCUGCGUGUCGCGUCGUUCAGUCAGACUUAUGCCGGUUCGGACGCGCCACGACCGCAAUGUGACGACUGUGCCUUGUGACAGCGAAGUGACUGGAGUGUUGUGGUGCCGAGUCGUCAUUGAGCGACACAGUGUUUGUCGGCGAAUAAAGGAUACACGCCCCCCGCACCGCGAUCUGCGCGUCUCCCUACUCCGAGGUCGGGGUGGCAGAGGCGCCGGUGGACCGACAGGGAUGGCGCCCUCUCCAUUGUUGGCCUGCCUGUCAUGCCUCGCCGUGCUGGUGCUGGCGGCCCUCGCCGAGGCCGUGGCCGUGGCCGUGCCCCGCCCGGACGUCCGCGCCGUGGCCGAGGCCGAGGCGGGCAGGGUGCGGCGCGCGCCCCGAGCCCGGGAUGAGCUGAUGGCCGCCAUGAACCCCGAGUCCUUCCAGCUGGGCGCGCCCUCCAAGGUGGCCCACUGCAAGUACGCCCCCGUGUACGGCUACCUCUCGGCGGACUGCUCCGACAGGAAGCUGACGGGCAUCCCGCGUCUGCGACAGGGCGUCGAGGCGCUGGACAUGUCGGAGAACAAAAUGCUGAUCGUGCUCAACAACACGUUCAGCACCAUCCCCAACCUGCGGUACCUGUACCUGAACGAGAACCGCAUCAAGUCGGUGGAGGCCGGCGCCCUGGUGAUGCUGCAGUACCUGGAGGUGCUGGACCUGUCCGGCAACCGCCUCACGUCCGUGCCCACGGGGCUCAUGGCGCUGCCCAGGCUGCGCAAGCUGUACUUCGCGGACAACCUGCUGCAGAACCUGGACCCCACCUUCAUCUUCGCCAGCCCCACGCUGCAGCUGCUGCAGCUGGCCGAGUGCAGCCUGCCGGACCUGCCGCUGGGGCCGAUGCCGGAGCUGCUGCACCUCAACGUGUCCGGCAACGCGCUCAGCACGCUGCCGCUGCACGAGCUGUCGCGCAUGUGCCGCCUGCAGGUGCUGGACGUGGGCAACAUGCCGUCGCUGUUCGAGGCCCUCGACAUGGAGGAGGCCUGCCAGUGCCCCACGUUCGUGCGCUGGAGCAAGCUGCGCGAGCUGGACCUCGGCCGCGGCAGCAAGGUGGCCUGCAAGAAUGAGACCAACAGCGCGGACGACCCCUACCUGCCGACCUGCAACGCGACGCAGGUGACGCGCUCGGCCCUGGAGAUGCACGGCCGCUGCGUCAUCGCGCAGCAAGAGGAGCUCCGGGCGCAGGUGCGCAGCUGGUGGGUGAUCGCCAUGGCCGUGGCGGCCGCCACCGUGGUGCUCAUGGCGGGCGGCCUCUGCUACUGCCAGCACCGCAAGCCCGAGCCGCGCCACCAGAAGGUGCCCCUGGUGGUGAUGACGGAGGCCAACGGGCACGGCAACGGCACCGCCAACGCCCGCAGCCGCGGCGGCGGGGGGGUCACCGCGCCGGACAAGUAGCAAAACGCCAAGGCUGCCGCGGCGGGGGCGGGCGCCGCGAUGGCCAUCUCGGACUUCCUGAUGGCGGCCGACAUCCUGCACAACAUCGCGGUGCUGCGCGGCCAGAUCGCGGCGCAGGCGGCCGAA